AUGUUUAACGCACUUCCCGAAGAAUUAUUGACGAAUAUUCUGCGACACUUGGACCAUCCAUCCCUACUAGCUUGCCGUCUGAUAUGCCACAAAAUCAACAAUGUAAUCCAGUCUUCUGCGGAGCUCCAGUACUACAUUGAGCUGGGCAUGGAUGGGUUGGUAGAUUGUGCGGCUUCAUCAACCCCGUACUCGGACCGAUUGGCCACUAUCAUUCGGCGGCGCCACGCUUGGGCGGCGAUGGAAUGGAAUGACACCGUAUCUGCACAUCUUCCAGGAGAGUGUUUAGCAUAUGAGCUUGUGGCGGAUGUGCUUGCCAAGCUGACAGAAGCGCACGAGUUUGUAUGCGUCGAGCUGCCAUCCAUGCCCAGAGCCGCAGAUACGGGUCAGAUGGAUGCCAGUUCUAUCGACACCUGGGAUCUUCCUUUCGCCGCCAGAGACUUCGCUAUGGAUCCUACCCAGGACCUUGUCAUAUUCUUAGAAGAUACGCGGAUUCCCGUCGCGUCGGAGAAGUCAAGAAAUACCCAUUUGUACAUUUACUCCAUGGCGACCAAAGAGCCGCACCAACUUGCGCAAUCCCCGUGCCUAGUGAUCAACGGCUCAGAAUCAAAGUCCUUGGUCCACCCCUUCGUUGGGCACCCCUUCAUCAUAUGUGCUUUACUGCAAAUUGCAGAGGACGUUGUGUUGAUUCAAUAUACCACCCUUGCUGCCGAGUCUGACCACAUCCGCCUGUGGAACUGGAUGACCGGCGAUCUAUGGCUUACCGAGGACUAUUCUAUGACUUGCGGUGGUUGCGGGCUUCUGUCUGCACGAUCCUUCAUGCUCCCCUCACUCAAAGGGUGUGGUUCAAUACAAAUCUAUACCCUUGAGUUCUCCAAUGACUCUCGAACCCCACGCUCCGAGCUCAAGGCUACGCUACUCCUCCCCUCCUCGACCCCCGGCCUCUCGCUGCGCUCCUUCACCUCUCAUUCACCGCCCAUCGUUGCACGGCCCCUUCAAUCCAAAAUGGCUUCCCCCGCAGCGGAAUCUCACAUCCACGUUAUGUCAGUAGCAUACAACGCGCAGUUUGGGAUUAGAUUCCGUUUGUUUGUCCCCAAUCGCGUCCUGCUUUCUUACGCCGCCGUGGCUCCUGGUCACGCACCCAUGCUGGUUCCUUGGGACACCUGGGGCCCGGACAACACGAGAAUCAUGGAACAAGGGGACACCUCAACUUGGCUGAGGUUUGUACACGGUACUCGCGUCGUCGCGGGACCACCGGUGUCACGUAUCCCUCCACUCGAAGCCCCAACCUCCCAAACAGUGCUGCAGCUUUACGACUUCAAUCCGCAUUGUCGCCGACUUCACUCAUCCGUCCAGCCCAUAAAUGGCGCCAAGGCCGAGUUGCAACCAGAAACAGUAGUGCGAAAAGGAUUGGCCUUUGCUGAAACGGUCACCACUCGAUUGCCAUAUAGACGAGUAUUGCAUCGAUUUGACAAGAGGUAUACGUCGUUUUUCAUCGACGAUGAGAGGUUAUUGGCCCUGGAGCAUACUCCUCCUAGCGGGCGCGAUCUCAAUAAUAUUGAUAUCUAUACUUUCUAG